AUGUGUUGCCUGCAAGCUCUUGCGUUGCCGGGUUAUUACGCACAGGCAGCGACGAUUGUUGAUAACGCCACGCUCAAUAUCAAUGCCUCGACUGCAGCG